AUGGCUGAGUUCAAAGACGCAGAUGAUGAUCCAUCAAAGAUUGCGGAUCAGAGUAAAGUGGUGGCGCUCUAUGACUUUGACCCCUCGAAGAUCGAUUGGCCCUUCAACCGGCAGAAGCCCUUGGCGCUAAGCACUGGCCAGGUCGUGGAGAUCGUGCAUGACGAUGGCUCGGAAUGGGCGCUGGGGCAUUUAGCCGGCGUGCCAGAGACAUUGGGCUAUUUCCCGAAGAACUACACAGUGUCAGUGGGAGAAUACCAGGAGAUGAUGCGAGACUUCGAGAAUCAAGAGCAACAGGACGGGGAUGAAGAUGAGACGGAUCAGGCCGGCCCUCCAGAGACGCGCGCCAUCCCAGCAGGGCCCUUGCCAGCACCACUCAUCGAUCAGCAGACGCAGGUCUACUAUGAUGAGGUCAAGGAGAAGGAGCGGCUCCGGGAGCCCAAGAAGAAGGACCCCGAGCCGGGACAGCUCCCAGAGCUGGUCUACCCAGGCAUCUCGGAAUAUCCGGCUAUCGAAGCACGGCCACCACAACCUACAGCCUUUGAGGUGACCAAGAGCCGCAUGCUGCGGGAGAUGCCCCCGGUGCCAGACCCGGCGCCGGAGGAGCCGGCUCCGCCCGAGGACGAUAUCAUGGCGGCACGCUGGGAGGUGGAACGGGAGCUCAAGGCGACCGAGGACAUCAUGGACAUCAAAGGUGGGGUGAUCACCUACUCGCGCAGCUCUACUCCUGCCACCAUGGCCGCGUCGCGCCCCGAGCGCGACUUCGUUCGGAAGAAGCCUAAGAGCCACGUGCACCAGGAACAUUUGAGACCGGUGAAUCAGCUCAUCGGCUUAGUGAACACCCACGUCCGGACAGCCUGGGAGAUCAAGCGUCAGCCUUACAAGAGCGACCUGCGCGCGCGCAGCACCACCCUGCGCGUGGCGGCCGGCAUUGAGCCGGCACACAUGCGCUUUGCGCUGCAAAGGGCCAAUGAGACCGGGGCCAAAUGGAAACAGAUGUUCAGGCCUGGGUUCAACGACACGGUGAACGAAGCCUUCCGAGUCGGCUGCAACUCCUGCAUCCUCAGCCAGCUUUAUUUGAAGCUCGGUGCGAGGAAGCUACUGCGAGAGAGCGGGGAGAGCGGGGCCAUAAGGAAAGACAAAGAAGCCAAGGAGCAGUUCCAAAAGCUACACGUCAAGGACUGGCUGCGCUGCACGCUGAGCAGGGACGUGGAUGGCGUGGUAUGGUUUGAGCUCAUGCGGAAGAAGGCACAUCUCUUCUACAUGCGGAUGGACUUCACAGAUGUGAUGAUGGCGCACCCCGAUGCCUGGGGCUUUCCAGACACCUCGCGCGUGGUGGCCGCGAACCCGGGCGAACCGGUGAACCCCUUCCACGGAUGGUACGCGCAGCACUCCAUCGAUCCAGAAGCCGAACUGGAAGACGUCGAGUUCCGCUACACCUUGCGCUUGCGGAGCUUUCCUGAGACCACGUUCCAGGCCUUAGCCUUGGGCAAGAUCCCAGAGUGGAUCAAGCCCUACUUGUCCUUGCACGCAGAGGCUGAGGCUCCGGAUGAUUUGGCUGUGGAAGAAGAUGAAGAGGCCAUGCCCACUGAGACGGGCAAGGCCAUCGAGUUGGAGAACAAUCUCAUGAUGGAGGCUGGCCUCGAAGAUGGCGACAACCUCUACGUGAAGUUAGACGAGCUGAAGCUGGCGCGUGAGCGCACCACGGGGCCCGACGUCUUGGACGCGGACCUGCGCGCAUAUCGCCUCAAGGGCUUAAGCGCCAUGCGGAUCUUCCUGCGGAGUCGUGGGAACCCAGACAGCCGCAAGGAGGUCAUUGUCAGCCCCAAGAUGGUGAAGGAGCUGCACUGGCGGGACAUGGCAGCGCAAUUGGGUAUUCAGAAGCGACCAGCGCACUACUGGUACUGCAUGUUUGCUUUGCGCUAUCCCUUAGCCCCUGACUGGGAAGCUGUGGUGCGGGAAGACACCCGAUGGUACUUGAACCUGCAGCAGGAUACGGCGCAGCCAGUGCAUCCCAUGGUGAAGAAGUUUAGGGAACACCUUGGGGACGUGAUCGCUAACGAGUUCCUUUGGGAUUUUCGAGGGUUCGUGAAGAUGAAGUGCAGCGAAUGUGGCUUGCCAGACUCCGUGGUGUGGUGCCAGCAGUGCACAGACUACUUCUGUGCGCCCUGCUUCCUGCAGAGCCACAAGUCUCGUCGCGGUCGAAAGCAUUGGCCUUUACCUGUUCCUGGCUGUCGCUAUCUCACGGUACCCGAGACACGAAGGUUCGGAGAGCAGCUGCCCCUCCUGAAUGUGGGCUUCUCCAAUCGAAGGCGAUUUCUGGCCCGUGACAACCAGUCGGAUAAGAACGGAGACCGCAGUGGCGAUACAUGGCUGUGGUUUCACACCGACACCUUCCAGGCUGCUUUGAUGCAGACACCAGAGAACCAUUGGUGCUUGAAGCGUCGGGAGCCGCCACGAUUGCCACCCGGUGUGGAUGGAUACUUCUACAACUUUGCCACCGAUACCGUGGCUGAUGAUGUCUCUUACAUUUUGACCUCCCAGCAGGAAGCCCAAGCGGUGGCCCUGAUGCAACGGCAUAUCCGUGGAGCCUUGACGCGGAGGGCCAUCAAGAAGCAAACCUCUGCGGCCUUGAUCUUCCAGAAGACCAAGAUGAUGUGGGAUGUUCAGCGCAUCCAUGGGAGCAGCGGUAAGAAUGCCUCCAUCAUCAAAGCCUGGUUCCGUAAGCACUGCGCGCGGGAGGCGCGGGAGGCGGCUUUUUUCGGUGCCCGGUGCCCAAUGGCCAUUUGGCGUGGCAUCCUCACACGGCGCCGCACCCGGGAUCUCUUAUCGAGCACCACGCGCUUUCAGGCGUCCUGGCGUGCCUUUGCCGGGCGCCGGAAGAUCAAGGCACGUUUGAGCGCAGCAGUGGCGAUUCAGAAGGUGCUUCGUGGCUUUGUCCAUGGCCGACGUUUGAUCCGCAGGCGGCACAAGGCCGCCGCCCGAAUUCAGGCGUUGGUCCGUGGCAUCUUCACACGGCAGCGGCACCAGAAGCGCCUAGCAGCGGCCAUCCGGAUCCAGGCCCGAAUCCGCGGCCUUUGGGGCCGCCAGAAGGUGCAGAAGAUCCAGCGGGCCGCGUCGUUGUUGCAGCGCAACUGGCGCCGCUUUCAGGCACAACUGCACAUGAAGCAGAUGGUCUACGAGAAGAUGGAGCUACUGCGGCUCAAACGAUUGGACGUCCUGCGCGCCAAACUGCAGGAGGCAGCCAUUGUGGUGAUCCAAAGGAACUGGCGACGACAUGUGGAUGCACAGAAUGCGAUCGAGGAGAGGAAGGAGAAGGGUGAUGCAGAUAAGCGGACCACCACCAUGCUAGUGGCUUUGUUGGAAGGGGCCUCGGCCCUGCGACAUUUCAUCCACCCCUGGUGGCGGCAUUUGCCACCUCAGGUUCAGGCGAUCCUCAAGGAGCUCAAGGGCCCACUGCAGCGCAGCAUUGCCUUGCUGCCGGUGACCGGGAAGUUGGGCUCCGAGGAGCUGGGCCGCCGGGGGCUCAACGUGGCCUCGGUGGAGCAUCUGCAGGGCAUCCAGGCGCGAGCCGAGCCCGAUUUGGCCAGCCACCUGCUCCUGCAGGUGAGUCGCCACUUGCUCUCCCACGUGCCUGCGGAGCUCUUUCCUGAGACCAUCAAGUGGGCCUGCUACGCUAUCGGGCAUCAGGCCGUGAAGCUGAAUGAGACGGAUGGCUAUUACCCUCAGGAGAUCAUUCCAGUGGGAAAGGAUAUGCCGCCUCAUCCGCAUGACAAGCUGCAUUGCCUCUUUAAGGACAUGGACAACUACAAGACACGGACUGACUCCAUGAUGAAUUUUCCGGAAGAGUCGAUGCCCAUGUUGACCUUGAACGGCAUGCCCUCACAUCAUCGUCAUGUCUUCCUCACCGCGGAGGUGCUUGUGACCAUGAGGCAAGCCCUAGACAGCCCUGCGAUAUCGACGGAUGACCAUCUGAAGUUCCAGGGCUUAGAUGCCUCUGCUGGAGCACAGCUCAUGGAGGUCCUAGGCGCGGAGAUCGAACAUCGCUUGCCUUUGGAUUGGCCCAACCAGCACGGCACCGUGGCCGCGCUGGCGCAGCAGUUGGGCUCACACGUGGUAGAGGUCAAGAAGGAUGGAUCGGACCAUGGGUUGUUGAUGGAUGGGUUUGCUGACCGGGCUGGAUUCGUUUGA